AUGCCCACACCCAUUCGCAAGAGUCCCGCACCCAGCACACCGCCACCCAGCAUACAACGGCGCGGAGGUAUUGGCAGUCGCGGGUCGUUGGGCAGCGGCAGCGGUAGUAGCAGUGGCGUCACCACCCCGACCAACAGGCUGAAGCGCAAGACGGUGGACAGCAAGCCCAGCCUGGACGAGUUCUUCCAAUCCAUUCUGGUGUUCCAUUGCAUUGAGUGCAGUGCAGUGGUGGGCGAUUCGACCAUGCUGGUGGACGAGGCAACCGAGCAACAGGAGCAAUACAUGCUGGCGCAUCACUGUUACCUAAUGUCCAAGGUUGCUCAUAAUGUUUUGGAGUCUACAACAGAUGGUGAGGAGAUAGAUGAACAUGAGCAUGUCAACAACAACAACAAUAGCAACAACAACAACAUUAUACUACUAUCUUGUCCAAUAUGUCAUAAUCCACUUGGACGUCGAUACACAUCCAUUGCCAGCGACUCUGAGCAAGGCUACCUCGCCAACCUAUUCAUCAUCGACAAUCAUUCAAUAUCAUUCUACCAGCUUGGCUCCGGAAAGGACUCGGCACCAUACCCCGAUCAAACAAAGCAACUACCAGCCAUCAGUAAUCCACCGCUACUUCUAGAGAAUCAAUAUGUAUCAAAGGGAUCGAUUGGAUAUCUGAAUGAUAGAGUGAUCACAUUGGAGACACAUCUAGAUUCACUACUAGAGUUGUUUGGUGAAUACAUUGAGGAGCAGUCGAGCAAAGAAUCAAUGUCGUCAUCGUCAGCAUCAGGAUCAAGUAGUAACAAAGAUGAUGUUAUAGUCGUCUCGGAUGAUGCAACAUCGCCAACUACUACCACCACUACCAACACCAGUAGCACCUCGCCAACAAGGAACCUUCCAAUGUCUGCUACCAAGAAGCACAAGGCGACGCCAGGUGAUUAA